UUUUCAGGUCAGCGUGCUCUAGCAGUACCUACCUCCCCAAAACUUAGAAACUGGGACAAGGCGAUAGCACCAUGUCACUCGACAAGCAUUUGUUCGAGUUGAAAUUCGCUGCAAAGCAGCUGGAAAAAAGUGCGCAGAGAUGCGAGAAACAGGAGAAGGUUGAGAAGGACAAACUUACUGCGGCUAUCAAGAAAGGUAACAUGGAAGUUGCCCAAGUGCAUGCUGAAAAUGCAAUCCGUAAGAAGAACGAAGCUGUAAAUUACAUCCGUAUGGCAGCACGCAUCGAUGCUGUUGCUGCUCGCGUACAAACAGCAGCCACGCAGAAAAGAGUCACCAGUAGCAUGAGUGGUGUAGUAAAAGCUAUGGAAAGCGCCAUGAAGACCAUGAAUCUUGAGAAGGUGCAACAGCUCAUGGAUAGGUUUGAGCGCGAUUUCGAAAAUCUUGAUGUGCACACUGCUACCAUGGAACGAACCAUGGACGGUACCACCGUGCUCAAUGCACCCAAGGCUCAGGUUGAUGCGCUCAUUGCUGAAGCGGCAGACAAAGCCGGCAUCGAGCUCAACGCUGAACUACCAUCGAAUGUACCAUCGACAGUGCCGGCGGCCGCACAAUCUGUUGCUGAUGACUCAGAGCUAACCCAGCGUUUAGCAGCUCUUCGUAAUAUGUAAAAUGGGAGUUUUU